UCCCAACCAAUGGCCACUACUCCGUACUCAUCCCAACCAAUGGCCACUACUCCGUACUCAUCCCCAACCAAUGGCCGCUACUCCGUACUCCUCCCAACCAAUGGCCACUACUCCGUACUCAUCCCAACCAAUGGCCACUACUCCGUACUCAUCCCAACCAAUGGCCACUACUCCGUACUCAUCCCAACCAAUGGCCACUACUCCGUACUCCUCCCAACCAAUGGCCACUACUCCGUACUCAUCCCAACCAAUGGCCACUACUCCGUACUCAUCCCAACCAAUGGCCACUACUCCGUACUCCUCCCAACCAAUGGCCACUACUCCGUACUCAUCCCAACCAAUGGCCACUACUCCGUACUCAUCCCAACCAAUGGCCACUACUCCGUACUCCUCCCAACCAAUGGCCACUACUCCGUACUCAUCCCAACCAAUGGCCACUACUACUCCGUACUCAUCCCAACCAAUGGCCACUACUCCGUACUCAUCCCAACCAAUGGCCACUACUCCGUACUCAUCCCAACCAAUGGCCACUACUCCGUA